CAAGAUGGCGGCGAGCGGCGUUCAGCGGGCCGCCGCUGCGGCCAGCACCGCGGUGAAACCCAUCUUCAGCCGGGACCUGAACGAGGCCAAACGCAGGGUGCGCGAACUCUACCGUGCCUGGUAUCGGGAGGUGCCGAACACUGUGCACUUAUUCCAGCUAGACAUCACUGUGAAACAGGGACGGGACAAAGUCCGAGAAAUGUUCACGAAGAAUGCCCAUGUCACAGACCCCAGGGUGGUUGAUCUUCUGGUCAUCAAGGGAAAGAUGGAACUGGAGGAAACGAUCAAGGUAUGGAAGCAGCGGACACAUGUUUUGCGGUUCUUCCAUGAAACAGAAGCACCACGGCCAAAAGAUUUCCUGUCGAAGUUCUAUGUUGGCCACGACCCAUGA